AUGUCGUUCAUUCUCAUGAAGAAGAAGAGAUUUGAAUUUAAAGUGGAUUUCUACUUGGAGGAGUUGUCGUCGGUCCCCUUUGUCAACGGCGUCUUAUUUUGUAAAGUUCGCCUCGUACAUGGUUCCUUCGUCCAAGAGUCUUCUCGGGAACCCGUCCAAGCCAACUGUGUGCACUGGAAGAAGAGAUUCUCCUUCAUGUGUAAGAUGAGCGCCAAUGCUCGGACAGGUGUAUUGGACCCGUGUGUGUGUCGGGUAUCGGUGCGCAAGGAAUUGAAGGGUGGGAAAGCAUUUGCAAAGCUGGGCUUUGCUGACUUAAACCUGUCUGAGUUUGCUGGGUCGGGCAGCACUACAAGAAGAUGUCUCCUGGAGGGAUAUGACACUAACAAAACCAGACAAGACAAUUCUAUUCUCAAGGUGGUUAUCACAACACAACUUAUGUCUGGAGACCCCUGCUUUAAAACCCCCCCAUCUACAGCUAUGACACUGGGUAUUCCUCAGACUGAGUCAGAGUGUCUACUCAAGGAGCGCAAAGGAGGAGACAUGCCCAUAUCUAAUUCAGCAACAGGGACUCCAGUUCUCGAGAAAAGGCUUACCAGUGGCCACACAAGAACAUCAAGCUACACCAGUCAACAGUCCAAAGUCUCAGGUUACAGCUCAAAUAAUUCCAGUUCACCAGAUCUGAGCCACCGACGGAACGCGUCAGGUGGUUCUACCUCAAUAGGAAUUGACAGCAUCCCGGAGCCCAAUGAGCAGCAGGCAGACAGAUUAGAAAAGGAGAGCCGGUCCUCUCCUCCAAACUGCCAUCAUACAACAGAGCCGAGCUCCACACCUGCUAAGGCUUCAAGACAUCCAGUCAAGCAGAACUCAGUGGAGAAUCAGCUGAUGCGAGUGAACGCCACGAGAGUCGACGCAGACGACAUCAUUGACAAAAUUCUGCAGGGCCAGGAUUUCAGUCACAGUAUCUUGGACUCCAGUACGGAGGAGGAAGGACUCAGCUUGUUUGUCGGUCCUGGCGGGAGCACAGCUUUGGGAAGCCAGCACAGUCGGGUCGCGGCGGGAGCAUUCGAGCAGGUGGUCAUCAAGCGCUAA